UGGAACCUCAUUAUACGUAAUUCCUUGGAUACCUACGAAUACCUCACGAUUUUCUUUGAUUAGUUGCUCGUUGUUAUUUCCUUGUACAUAGAUUAUGUCCCUGCCGUGCCAAUGAUCGCCCAAUUCCUAUCAUGCGGCCCGUUGUUCUCCCAUGUCUCAACCCCUCAACCUCACACCUCAAUACCGCUCCCAUUCUCUCUCAUAGCAUAUCCCACUACCAUGGCUACCCACGGCCAAGAAUCGCAAGAAGAAGACCAAUAACAACAUCGGCCACCUCAGCUAGAGUCCACUCUGGCCCUAAACCCAUCACCAACCUCCCCAAACUCAUCGUCUCCCCAGGCUCCCAACACCACAACUCUCUCCCGACCUUCCUCGAAUACGCCUCGCGCGUCAACCUCGCACCAGAUCGCACCGUUUACGUAGGCACGCACUAUGAAUACAUCGCCGCAUUAUCGCUCCUCCGCCUCGGCUUCUCGCUGCUUCGCACGGGCAAGAAAUCCGACGCAGGCAUCGACCUCAUCGGACACUGGAUCCUGCCACAGCUUCACGAACCCAUCCCCGUCGUCAUACAGUGCAAGGCGAGGAAAGAGAUGAGCUGUGCACCGCGACAUAUUCGCGAGCUGGAGGGUGCGUUUCGCGGAGUGCCGUCCGCGUGGAGGAGAAAUACGUCCGUGCUGGGGCUGCUGGUCACAACGCAGAAUGCGACCCGGGGGGUUCUGCAGGCGUUGGGUGCUAGUGCGAGACCGAUGGGGUUCCUGAAGGUGACAAAGACGGGGAUGGUGGAGCAGUUUCUUUGGAAUCGGGCGGCGGGGGAGAGGGGGUUGGAGGGCUUGGGUGUUACGUUGAGGUAUACGCCUAAGGUGUUAGUGGAGGAGAAGGAGAAGGAGGUCACGGAGCAAGGGGGCGAAGGGAACAACUGGGAGCUUCCCAAGGAGAUGAAGAGGAGUAGGAAAGAGUGGUACAAGGAUACCGGGACUAUGAAGGAUAUCGUGUUGACGUGGAUGGGGGAGCCGAUAUUUCCUGAGAGGGAGCGCUUAAGUGAGGAAACGUGUCAGUUGGUUGAUACGCUGGGUCUGGAUGAGGACUUGGAAGUCGAAGAGAGGCUACCACGGAAGAGGAAGACGGCUGUCAAGGCCACAGCGGCAAAGAAGGUCGUGAGGGAGAGAAAGUCGACGAAGGAAAGUACGACCAAGAAGGUUGGGACGAAGUCAGUAACGAAGACCGUCACAAAGAAGGCUGCAACGAAGACCGCAACGAAACAGGCAACAAAGACCGGCACGAAGAAGGCUGGAGCGAGCGCAGUCACGAAGAAAAAGACAACCACCGGAAAAUCAUCGAGUCGGACAACCUCAAAUCCGGUGACGGCAAAGCAGGUACCCAAAACCUCAUCAUCCUCGACCAAAGCAAUAGAACUAGCACAAGGAGUGACCAAACGGAGAGGCCGACCGCCCGGCUCCAAGAACAAGAAGACGUUAGAGUUACUCGCCUCACAGGAACAACCGCCAUCGUCAGAUCGUCGUCCUUGAGAUCCUACGCGAAGCAAAUCCAUUGCUAUAUCACUCUCUGCACUCAGACGAAGGGCACAUCGUCUUCCCAACAAAAGGUUGAAGACAACAUACCCGAAGAGAAAGAUACAAUUCAUAUGAUACCCAAUUUAUAGAAAAACUAAACUUCUUAACUAGUCUAUAUCACGUCCUC